UUGUGUUCUUUACUGUUGCAGUAAUGUAUUGCCACAAAUGUAGGGUGAGUACUUCAUUAAUCAACGCUGUUCUGUAAUAACAUACGGAGACCAGGCUUGUCCUCAAGCGGUGAACUCUUUUACUGUCUUACUCAGGAGCCUAACACACAGGCAUAACCAAUCAAACCAUGAGCAACCAAUCAGCAGCAGAUAAACAAUGUUGAGCACCGAGUGCUCGAUGAAAUCCACCACAGACCUAAAGAGUCAAACAUUGUACUGAGGUCUAGGGCGAAGUAUAGUGUCUGAUCGUUAACGCUUUAGCUGUGCGCGCUCCCAGGAGGGGCAUCCAGUUUUCGUCAGGCAGCAGAGCUCGGCAUAACACCCGGCGCUCGAGGAACCGCACAUGCGCAGAUCGCACACCAUCUCCACGGAAGAAGGCGGACCAGUAUUCCUGCAGUCAAACCGAAUAAAUAGUAUCCAGAGUCAUGGCGUUUGACUCCCACCUAAGUGAUAGUUCACUUCUAGCUGCCGGAAUAGCAUUAGCCGUAGUGUCAAGUUUCAUCAAUGGCUCGACAUUUGUGCUUCAAAAAAAGGGCAUAUUGCGCUCCCGCGACAGAGGAGGGUCGUACCUCAGAGAUGGGGUGUGGUGGAGUGGCACAAUGUGCAUGAUUAUUGGUCAAAUUGGGAAUUUCCUUGCAUACAAUGUGGCACCUGCUGUGAUAGUUACACCACUAGGAGCCCUUGGAGUGUUAUUUGGGGCUGUGCUUGCUUCUUGGGUCUUGAAGGAGCAUUUAAAUAUCCUGGGGAAGCUCGGCUGUGUAUUAUGUUGCUGUGGCUCUGUUGUUCUUAUCAUUCAUGCCCCUAAAGCAGAAGCUGUAACAUCAAGACUGGAGCUAGAAGAGAGGCUGUCAGACCCAGUGUUUGUAAUGUAUGCUCUCCUUGUGGUCGUGCUGCUGAUCACUCUAAUCGUGUGGAUUGCUCCGGCUCAUGGAACAUCAAACAUCAUGGUGUACGUCGCCAUAUGUUCCCUCUUGGGAAGCUUCACUGUUCCAAGCAGCAAAGGACUCGGCCUGGUAGCCCAAGAUGUCUUUGGGGAAGGGGCGUUGAGCAGCAGAGCUCAGGCUCUCUUCCUGGGCCUGCUGGCAACACUAGCUGUCGGCAUCCUGACACAGUUCUUCUUCAUUAAUAAGGCCUUGGAGUGUUUCAGCUCCAACAUGUUUGAAGCCAUAUACUAUGUGUCGUUCACAUCCACCGUGACUCUUGCUUCUGCUCUUCUCUUCAAGGAGUGGAUUGCGCUGACUUUAACUAACGGCCUUGCCAUGCUUUGUGGUUUAACAACAGUGUGCGUCGGGGUCAUUCUACUCCGCAUUUCCCAGGAGGCGUUGAUUAUUUGGAAGACAAAGGAGGCAUGGGAAAAGACAGACUGAAAUGGCUUAAUUUUUACUUGUGCCAUGCUUUCUAUGUGAGCUCCACAUGAAAUGCUCAAAGCUACAGUAUAUUUAUUACCACUUGCACUUAAUAUUUUACUUGAAUUCUUCAGUUUCUGAUCAAGCAGUUACUAUGUAGCCCACACAUAUCACCAUGUAGUUUCUCCAGAUAAUAUUUUCUGCUGUAAUUUCAUUAAUAUACACAAACUCGUAUCUCAGUGAAGGCUGAUAUUUCACUUCAGCUGCACUUUUAAGAAAAACUCAAGCAUGGCCUGACUAACAAUUGAUUUGUCGACCUUAUGUUUUCACUCAUUUCGAACAGGUGCUAAGGUGCUAUUAUCUAGAAUAUUCUUAUCAAGGCUCUAGUACUUUUGUUCUGUGGCCAGUAAUUGUUUUGUUGUGACAAUUUGUUAUACAUGUGUAAUUAAAAUGUUUGGCUCAUG